AUGGCGAGACGAGUGUCAUUCUUGUUGUUUAACGAGGUGAAACAGACAUACCAGAUUUAUGACAAUGUUUCUGAAAAAAGACUUCCGUUCAAAGCUGACGGGUUAGUUUUUAACUCUUUGCAAAAAUCGCAACCGAGUUUGGAGCGACGAUCCAUAUUGAAAAGAUCAAGUAACGUAGUUCAGAAUCAACAUAAUUCGACAUCCACAAACACAUUUACUACGGAACAUACAUCCGAAAUCAGUAGCAGAAGAAGAAACAGCCUCAACAAUACCUUAUUUGGAUGUCUGCAAGUAGACACAAAGGAUGGAAAUGAAGACAGCGAUGAUGGCAUUGAUGAAAUAACCUUUCCAUCUCAUCAAUCAAACAACAACAUUGUGACUGAUUGUUCAGCAAACACAACAAACAACAUCAACGAAACAUCGAUGCACAUACUCACCUCAAACAACGCGGAAAUAUUUAAAAACAUCAGACGCCAUAUUGACGACAUGCAUGAAAGAGAAGAAACUGAUCAGCACUGCGUAGAGCAGUCAUUUGCAAUCAUUGCAACAAAUAGUUAUUCUGUGGAUCAUGGCAUCGACCUCACCAGCGACACCACACCACAACAGACGACUUCAACAACACUCGAGGAACCCGCAACUGAUUUGAGCAACUAUUUCAGCGAUGUUUCCAACGUAUCAACACUUUGUUCAGUGAACUGCAUGAGCUUGAAAAAGUAUCCUUUUGAAGUUAAUUGCGAUCCAUCUGGCUGUUCAAUUGACGUAAUAUGCACAUCUCAUGAGUUGCAUUUCAAAUGUCCUUGCUGUUCAGCCGUUAAAACAAUGCAACCUGGACUCAAUUAUUACUACUUGUUGAAACACAUCUUCAACGAAGACCAUCCUCAUAAGAUAAUGCAGCAUCUCAAGAACUGCAUUUGUUCAUCGGAUGAGGUUGACAACCAGGAAAACCACAAAAUGGCGAAGAGAAAAAAUUCACUGCCUAGAAGAGUGGCAAAGUCUCUUGUUGGUGGAUUGAGACGUUUGAAGCAACGAAAUGACUCAAACGUUGGGGCUCCACAGAAGCAAUGUGUUUUAUGA